UAUAAAAAAAUACUUGCACAGGACCAAAAUGAGAAUAUAUAUUAACAUACUGUUCAGUACACUUGUGCUUGUGUACGGUGAGAAGGACUGUUGCCGAAAUAUUGGUAAAUCAAAGGCAGCGUUAUCAGAGGUAAUUAGUUCACUGCAGAGGACGAACAGACUGCUUGGAGAGAAUUCUCUGAUCUCUUCAAUUGAAGUGGCAUUUCAUGCAAGAUUGACACCGUAUAUAACUCUUGGCUCUAGACAGACAGUUAUCUUCGAUCAGGUGAUUACUAAUAUCGGCCAAGCUUAUAACCAACAUUCUGGUCAUUUCACCGCACCCUUUGAUGGAAUAUACUUCUUUGCCUGUACAUUUCUUAGACCACACAAUGCAACAGUAUUACAUCUUCAAAUGGUCAAAAACAGCAACGAGAUAUCACGAGGGCACGCAGCAUCUGGUGGCGGAUCGCAGACAGGGGCAAUGAAUGCAGUUGUAUAUCUGCACAAGGGAGAUGUUGUCAAAGUACGUCAUUUCCCUGGAUUAGGACCACAAAUAAUACAUGGCGAUUGGAGCUUCUUCACUGGUUACCGUAUCUAAAAACAAAAAAAUCACUAUUGAGGUUUCCAGAAAAAAAUAUUGUUUAUUUGAUAUAAAUACACGGUUGCAAAAAGCCGUGUACAGAUAUCUGUUGUAAUGUUUAUAAUAUUUUGCAGUGUCUUUAAGUAAAGGAAAUAAAUAAUAGAAAAUUGGAGACAGGUAAAUCUCGACAGG